AUAAUCCACUCUGCUUAGCCAAUGCAAAGUCUCAGACUAUCACGCCCUAGCCAAGUGCAGUGCCAUCGCGGCCAGUAUCGUUCAAACCCUUCCUCGAUCAUGGCAGCGGAAGACCUGGUGCUCGGACUCACGUGCGCUGAUAAGCAAUCCAUUGUGGAGAACUAUUUGAAAGAUUCUGCUGGCGGAAAGUUUACGAUUUUAUCGAGCAGUGUUGCCAGCUUUGGUGAGCAGCGAACGGGAUAUCUGGGCGAUCAUCACCAGCUGACGAUCGUGAUCGAUUCUGGUGAAGAUGAAGGUCGUGAGAUUACCUUCUUCGCGAAAAAGUUACCGACGAGGAUUCCAAAGUUGGCGGCUUAUUUGGUUGAAAUGAAGGCCUUCUCAAAGGAAGCUGAGCUGUUCCGGGAGUUGCUGCCCCGACUGUUGAAGUUUGGGCGAUUCGGCCCGGAAUGUCUGUUCCAGAAGGAUAACGAACUCCUGGUGUUCAAGAACGUCAGGGUGGAGGGUUUCAAGGUUUUGGACGGCAACCGAGGGUUGCUGGAUUUGGUCCACCUGGAGCAGGUUCUGCGAGCGCUGGCGCGACUUCACGCGGCUUCUUUCGCGUUGGAAGCGCAGGUUGGGAGAUCGUUGGUGGAAGCGUUCCCAGGGAUUUUGGAUGAGAAUGCCUGGGUGAAUGAGGAGAACCACGCUCGAACGUUGGAGUUGGAAGUUGUCAUCAAAACUUUGUGUGCGGUCAUAGAACAUCACGAGAAGGUCGAACAACGUAAGGAAGAACUACUUCGUAAAAUUCCAGACUGCGUCCGUCAACUCUUCGAGUUGGUUAAGAGUUCAACAGGCUACCGGAACGCGGUAGGCCACGGCGAUCUUUGGAACAACAACAUCAUGUUUCAACACAACGAGUCUGGAGUUCCGGUGGACUGUCUGUUGGUGGAUUUCCAGCUACCUCGUUACGUCCCACCAGCGUACGAUUUCAACAUGCUGGCAGCACUGACAACUACUAGAGAUUUUCGAAGGAAACACCUAACUUUCCUACAAGGAUUCUACUACCAAUCGCUAAAGUCGGAACUUCUUCGCCACGGUCUAAAUAUCGAGCAUAUCUUGUCCAAGGAUGAAUUUUGGGAAUCUUGCAAGUUCUAUCAAAAAGCUGGAGCAAUUGACAGCUUCAUCAUCAAUCAUAUCACGCUUUUGCCGAAAAAUUUGCUAGACGAAACAUUUUCCAGUGCGGAGCAGUUUGAGCGGUUUGAUGAAAAGUUCAAAACAGAAAAAUGUCUGAAAGCGUUCGAUGAAGAUGCAGAAUAUCGCUCUCGAGUGGUUGAUAUCGUUGAGACGUUGUACGAAGUGUUCGAUUUGGUGUAAGGAAACUAAGCUCUUGUAAAAUUUUAAUUGACGAGAAUAAAAUUGAUACAUUGCAGCUUC